UGACGCAGCAGCUGACAUCACUUCCUUGUUCUCUUGUCAGGUAAAGCAAUCGGAAAACGACUCGAUACUGCAAAACCCCGUCGUCUGUGGCUAACAUGCCCCCCCUCUUGUGUUUUAACUGAAGUCCGUCGUCGCUUAUUUGGAGGAAACUUUUCUAACAUGGCGUGCUGCAAGUCAGACUCAGCGGUGGACUUGGGGACGAUUCCCCUCAUUGCACUGAAUGUCAGGGUGCGGAAAAAGUUGGGACUGUAUUUAAACCCCAGGAACAUGGUGGCCGCGGACUGGAUGGCCGUUGCGGAGGUGAUGGGGUUUAAUUACCUCGAGAUAAAGAACUAUGAGGCGUCCAAAAACCCCACGCAAAUGGCUCUGGAGGGCUGGCAGGCCCGCUCCACGGACGCGUCCGUGGGCAAGCUGCUGUCCAUCCUGGCAGAGGUGGAGAGAGAGGACAUAGUGGAGGAUCUCCGUCCGCUGAUAGAUGAGGACGUGAGGAAGUAUUGUGAGAGUCAGAAGAAGAAGGCUGAGCCCCCAAUUCAGGUUGAUGAGGUUGACAGCUGUUUCCCGCGCACCCCAGAGAGGAUUGGUAUCACCCUGGAGGAUGACCCCGAAGGUUCCCCUGAGCUGUUCGACGCCUUCAUCUGCUACUGCCACAGUGACUUUGAGUUUGUCCACGAGAUGAUCCGGGAGCUGGAGCAGACCCAGUACAAGCUGAAGUUGUGUGUGUUCGACAGAGAUGUCCUCCCAGGUUCCUGUGUAUGGACCAUCACAAGUGAACUCAUUGAGAAGAGGUGUAAGAGGAUGGUGGUGGUGAUUUCUGAUGAAUACCUUGACAGCAAUGCCUGUGACUUUCAGACCAAGUUUGCUCUCAGCCUCUCUCCCGGAGCUCGAAAUAAACGCCUUAUUCCAGUGGUGUACAAGUCAAUGACAAAGCCCUUCCCCAGCAUCUUGCGCUUCCUCACCAUAUGUGACUACACCCGGCCUUGUACACAGGCUUGGUUCUGGACACGGCUGGCCAAAGCGCUGUCGCUGCCAUAAUCAUGGACCUGGCAGUUAGUUGUGUACUAAGGUGCCUUUUUAUUCCACGAAAGGGAAUUUUGGACAAUGGCGAAACAUUACAGAUUCAGGUGUGUGCUAUUGCUUGUUAUCCACGUCCUGCUGGCUUCUGAAGCACUUGUCACUAACUGUGUAUACAGUCUAUAUUAUAAUGCUACUAUUUGUGUUUCCUAUGAAGAUCACAUGGUGAUUUAUCAAUAGUAUCAUUAUGAAACUCAAGCUGCAUAAAGAUACCAAAUAUCAGUAAAGUUCUCUCUGCACAAAGCCAUAUUAUGUUAUUAAAAGUUCAAGAAUAACAUAGGUCGUGCCUGCUCAUGUUAAUAUUUAUGUGAGUUAUAUUGGUGAGGACAAUCUGUUUGUAUCCAGGCCAGCGUGCAUUGAAUCCUCUGUAAAAGGAAGCUGACCACUUCCUCUUACAAGUUAACUUCUAGAUGAAAGCGAAGACUAAGAGGAAGAGAUAUCGUGAUUGUGACACUUCAACUUUUUCAGUUUUACUCAAGGCUGACAUCUGCCUUUCUCUCCCACACUGUCACAAUGUCUGACAUUUAAUUUUGUAUUUUUAAUAUGAUCUUUUUUUUAAAACAGUUUAAUGAAAAGUGAAUUUAUUCUUUGACUUGAUUGCUCUGAAUAUGAUUUCCUCAAAAUAAACUGAACACAUUUUUCAA